UAUAUUUAAAAAAAGAAAAAGAAUAACAAUCUUUAAUUUCCCCCUCAUUAUUAAACCUCUCUCAAAAUUUCCCUUUUUCUUUGUUCUAACAAGAACCAGCUUCAAUUUCCCAGCUUCCAUGGCUUCCCUUUCUUGAAUCCCAAAAUUACCCAUGUCAUUUAACUGAAUUCCUUAUUCUUGGUGCCUUUUAUUUUCCCCAAAAGAUCAAAACUUUCCCUUUAAUUUGGGAAUUCUUUGAAAAAAAGAAGAAAUAUUGCUGUGUUUGAAUGAUCAUGGGACUCACAGGUGAUUCAAAGGGCCAAUUGCUGUGUCAACUAGCUGAGUUGGUGAAGGAGAUAUCUGGUUUACCAGAGUGUAGAAACUCGUGUAAAAAAAUGCAUGGGACUUUGGUUCGUAGAAUCAAGUUGUUGAGCCCUUUGUUUGAAGAAUUGAGAGACGGAAAUGAGGACUCGAUGGUCAAAAUUGAAGAGAUUAAAGGGUUUGAGCUACUGAAAUCUGCUUUGGAUUCUACUAAAAAGCUUCUUCAAUCGAUUAAUGAAGGAAGCAAGUUGUAUCAGGCCCUGCAAAAGGAUCAGGUAGCGUAUAAGUUCCAGCAAAUGACGGAAACCAUUGAAGCAGCUUUGAGCGAAAUCCCUUAUGAUAAACUUGAUAUAUCGGAAGAAGUCCGGGAACAGAUUGAACUUGUUCAUGCACAAUUCAGAAGAGCAAAAGGAAGACCGGAGUCACCAGAUUUACAACUAGAACAUGAUUUAGCGAUAGUGCAGAAAGAAAAAGAUCCUGACCCUGCAAUUCUCAAAAGGCUUUCAGAUAAGUUGCAGCUAAGGACAAUCAAUGAUCUAACGAAAGAGUCUGUUGCUCUCCACGAACUGGUUAUUGCAAGUGGUGAAGAUCCGGGAGAGCGCAUUGAGGAGAUGGCAUCACUGCUCAAGAAGCUUAAAGAUUUUGUCCUCACUGAAAAUCCUGAAGCUGACACCUCUGAGGGUGAAAAGGGCUUGAUGAAACACAGGUCACCUGUUAUCCCAGAUGAUUUCCGGUGUCCAAUAUCUCUCGAGUUGAUGAAAGACCCUGUAAUUGUCUCCACUGGACAGACAUAUGAAAGAUCCUGUAUUCAGAAAUGGUUGGAUGCUGGGCACAAGACGUGUCCGAAAACACAGCAGACACUAUUGCACACUGCCCUUACGCCAAACUAUGUCCUAAAAAGUCUCAUAGCUUUGUGGUGCGAGAGCAAUGGUGUUGAACUGCCUAAGAAACAGGGGACUUGUAGAAGCAGAAAAGCAGGUAGCAGUGCUUCGGACUGUGAUCGUACUGCUAUCAUCACUUUGUUGGAAAAACUGGCAAAUGGAAAUUCAGAACAACAAAGAGCAGCUGCUGGUGAACUCCGGCUAUUGGCAAAAAGAAAUGCGGAUAAUAGGGUGUGUAUUGCUGAGGCAGGAGCCAUACCACUUCUUGUCGAGUUAUUGUCUUCCACAGAUCCUCGAACCCAGGAGCAUGCUGUGACAGCUCUUCUCAACCUUUCCAUUAAUGACAGUAACAAGGGAACCAUCGUUAACGCAGGAGCUAUACCCGAUAUAGUUGAUGUGUUGAAAAAUGGCAGCAUGGAAGCUAGAGAAAAUGCUGCCGCUACCCUUUUCAGCUUAUCUGUUAUAGAUGAGAACAAGGUAGCGAUAGGUGCUGCUGGGGCUAUUCCUGCCCUUAUAAAGCUGCUUUGUGAAGGGUCUCCAAGAGGAAAGAAAGAUGCCGCUACUGCCAUUUUCAAUCUUUCGAUCUACCAAGGAAACAAGGCAAGGGCUGUUAGGGCUGGUAUUGUGCCACCAUUGAUGAGACUGUUGAAGGAUGCUGGAGGUGGGAUGGUGGAUGAAGCAUUGGCGAUUCUUGCCAUUCUUGCAAGCCAUCAUGAAGGGAGGGCGGCAAUCGGUCAGGCUGACCCGAUUCCUGUUUUACUAGAAGUCAUACGGACUGCUUCUCCACGUAACCGGGAGAAUGCCGCCGCCAUACUCUGGUCACUUUGCACCAGUAACUUAGAACAAUUAAAAAUAGCCAAGGAUUUCGGUGCAGAGGAGGCAUUAAAGGACCUGUCUGAAACUGGCACCGACAGGGCAAAAAGAAAAGCUGGAAGUAUCUUGGAACUCCUCCAACAACUUGAAGUGAAGGAAGACGCGGUUUCUUUAAGUUCUUUAUGAGAUUCAUGCUAAUAUAAUUUGGUGUUUCAAACAGGUCGUGCAUGAUUGAUAUACGAGGGGUUUAUAUAACCAGACAUCAGAAUGUUUGAAAAGGGCAGUGAACGUCUCUUGAUCAGCCUUGGCAUUGGGAGGACUUGCAGGGAAUCACCAUAUUCAAACAAAGGGGUAUAUUAAAAUAUAUGAAGCUUGAUGAAGUUUAGAGGUUUUCAUGUGUAAACUUGCAUUAGCAUGAAGUACAAGGUUAUCCACUAUUAUGUUCCUUUUUUUUGGUAAAAUAAUGAUUUGUUCUAAGAGAUGCAGAUAUUUACUUGGAAUCUUUGAAUUGCUUGAGAUGCAAUUUAGCAAAA